GGCGAGCGGGCGAUCGGGGCCGAGGCGCCUGCGCGGUGUCCGCGGGGCCCCGAGGCGCGGAGCCAGCCGGGACGGACAUGCGCGCGACGGCGCCGAGGGGAGGGUAUGGAAGCUACUGGCUGACUUAAAAUCCCUGCCGCUUCACCAGUUGGGAGACAUCCCAGAGAAAAGGCACAAUGUCAACAGCCGGCGUGGCUGCUCAAGAGAUUAGAGUCCCAUUAAAGUCUGGAUUUCUGCAUAAUGGCCAAGCCAUGGGGAGCGUGAAGACCUGCUGGGGCAGUCGGAGAGAGCUGGGCAACAACUUCCUAACUCUCGACCCAGUCUCCAUGGCCUGCAGUGUGAACCCCACCGCUCGGAAGCACCUGCCGGCUCUGGGGCACACUUCAAGGUCUGCUCCAGUGAACGGCCACUGCUUUGCAGAAAGCGGCCCAGCAGCAAGACCCAGCUUGCCCCCUCUUCUUCUCGCCCCCAGUGAGAGCUUGGGGCAGCGUGAGGAGGAUCAGAUGGUGUGUGGCAUGAAGAAGCUCUCGGUGAACGGAGCGGGUGCCUCCACUCCUCCGCUGACGCCCGUGAGAGCCUCCCCUUCGCUGCUCCCCUGUGCGGCUCUCGGGGAGCGGGGCUCCAGGCCCCUGCCCCCGCUGCCCAUCUCCGGAGACCUCAGUCUGGACGAGACGGACUGCGAGGUGGAAUUCCUGACUAGCUCAGACACGGACUUGCUCCUAGAGGACUGUAAACCUUCUGAUUUCAAAUACGACCUUCCUGGCAGGCGAAGCUUCCGCGGGUGUGGGCAGAUCAACUACGCCUAUUUUGACACCCCAGCAGUUUCUGCCACAGACCUCAACUGUGCGCCUGACCAAGGUGGAAGCGUGCCACAGCCCAACCCCCCACCCCCACAAGCCCACCGAAGGUUAAGAAGGUCUCACUCAGGCCCGGCUGGCUCCUUUCACAAGCCGGCCAUACGGGUAUCCAGCUACGCACACGCAGCCUCUCCCAACUCCGACGAAGACAAACCCGAGGUGCCCCCUAGGAUCCCCAUCCCUCCCAGGCCGGCAAAGCCCGAUUACAGGCGUUGGUCAGCAGAGGUGACGUCCAGCACCUACAGCGACGAGGACAGGCCCCCCAAAGUGCCCCCCCGGGAGCCUGUGUCCCGGAGCAGCUCGCGCACGCCGAGCCCCAAGAGCCUGCCUUCAUACCUCAAUGGGGUCAUGCCCCCGACACAGAGCUUUGCCCCUGACCCCAAAUACGUUAGCAGCAAAGCGCUGCAGAGACAGAACAGCGAGGGCUCAGCCAGUAAGGCUCCCUGCAUCCUGCCCAUUAUUGAGAACGGCAGGAAGGUGAGCUCCACUCACUAUUACCUGCUGCCUGAGAGGCCGCCCUACAUGGACAAGUACGAGAGGUUCUUCAGGGAAGCGGAAGAAGUGGGCACGAGCGCCCACCUGCAGCCCUUGCCUGCCGACUGCAGAACAGUCUCCACCAUGGAGAAGCUGGACUCCAAAGCCAGGGUGCAGCUGGGUGGCCACGGGAAGCGCAAGCACCCCGCCUAUGUGGUGUCCCCGUAGACGGGGCUCCACGUGGGGAGGGCGCCUGAGCCUCGGCUCUCACCUUGCCAGCUGGACGUCGCAGCGAAGUGUUGCUGAUUGCGAAAUCGAGUUGUUGAACUCUGUCUUAAUGAGAGGCUGAGGGCGGUUGGGAGGUGCUGUGAGGCCGAGAACCCCUGAGUCGGUUAGCGUUGGAGAGAAGUGUGUCCGAGGCCAUGAUCCCAAGCCGUGGCAGCAAGGCAGGGAGGAGGGGCGGCCUUGCUGCGAGUGCGUGCAUUAUAUACCCUUGUGUACACUUGUGGUCCAGCCAUAGGCUGUAGUUGCAGGCUAACCAGCUAGUUACUAUCCUAGAGUAAUAUAUAUCCAGAAUGCUAGACUCAAGCGGCAGUGAGCAGAGGAAAGGAGAAGCAGUGUUGAGAUCAGAAUCCCAGCAAG